AGGCCAAAACCAACAGCAGGCUCCAGCUGACGUGGGUCAGCGGGGUCACAACCCUCAACAGGCUCCAGCCCAUAUGGGUCAGAUUGGACAAAUCAAAACUUGGAGCACCAGUCAACAUGGGACAACAUGGACAGAAUCAUCAACUUCCAGCCAUACAAAACCAACAAGGACCAGCCGACAUGGGUCAGCUUGGACAGGGACCAGGCUUCAGGGAUCAUCUGUUCAAUCAACAACAAGCACCGCUUGGUAUGGUCCAAGGGAUGCAACAGGGGCAACCAGCCACCGGGGACCAUACACAGAACGUCAGAGGUUUUCAACAGACCAUGGUACAGGGGGCAGGCCUACUCAAUAUGGGCCAACAAAUAUCUUUUAGGCAUGCAACAAACAGGUCAAGGCCAAUUCCACCACCAAUUAGGAGGCAUACCCAAUCCAAUCGGUAUGGGGCUGAUUGGAAAUCAACAGGGAAUGCCUCAAAGACAUUCAAGUGUGGAAAACCUGAUAACUGACAAUGUAACUACAUCUGUAGUAAACACACCAAUUAGAGACAAAUAUCACACUCCUAUGGCUGCUGUAGAACCAAUAGGAACUGUUCCUUCUGUAAAUGAUACACAGCUGUCAGCAAUUGUAUCCCCAGAAAGACCCUAUCCUCAAAGACUAAGGAAGCCUCCUACAAGGCUUGAUUUGUGAACAAGUAUCUUAAAAGGGAAGAUGUCAUUAAUUUAUAUGUAUUUAGUGGUGUGAGACCUUAAAGGCACAUUGUAAAAUACAGCCAACAAAAUGGUUCGAAAAAUCUUUUUCAGGCUUUAGAGUCAAUUUCAUGGUUUUAAACCUUCUCUGAUGAUUCUUUUUUCGAACUAUGCAUGCAGAUCCAUUCAAAGACAUAUUGAACCUUGAAAAGCCACAUAUAGACUGAGGAUUGAAUGGUGUUCACGACAACUUUCAGUUCAUCUUUAUUAGGACAGACCAGGAGUGAAUUUUCGAGUUGAGCAAAUGCUGAUAAUGUUGUUUUUAUGAAGCAAGGAAGUCAAAAACAUUACAAAUAGAAAUCAUAGUAGGAUCAUAAGAAGCAUUUAAAAUCGAAUCCACGGCAAAAUCAGAAAUAAUUAAAAUAUUCCACACAAACCUCAGAGAAAACAAUUCCCGUUUUAUAAUUCAUGAUUUUAUCGAUCAAAAAAUGUUUUUAUGAAUUUUUUCGAUAUCUGCUGAAAUAUGGUAUGUAUACUUGUGUUUAUUGUUAAAUUACAAAAUAAGUAGGGUAAAGAAUAUGUAAAAGUUGUUUGAUAUUGUCAAUAUUUUGUUAUUUUUAUCACCUAGCAUUCCUUUAAUUGAUAACUGUGGAGUUAUACCAUAUACAUACAUCAGAUUUAA